AUGCUAAUAGAAGUUCUUAUUAUUUCGAUUUUGGCUCAAACACACGCAAUUUCCCAAACUUCAAAUAUAAUAUACCAGCAGUUUACUGUCAACACUUCCAUGGUUCAAAAUGACUUGAUCAUUGAUCUUUCACACAAAACAAAGCUUUCUCCUGUACUGCUUCUGGCAAAGAGGAACUCAAAUCCAAGCUUUUAUUUUAGUGAGAUUGGCGAAUACAAAUGAAGUGCGGAUUAUUACGAUUUUGACUCUUGAAGCCGAAACUUAAACUCAAGUUAUAUCAUCGUUCCAAAAGAAAAUUUGGUUUUAAAUGACAUAUGAUACCUUGCAGUAUAUUCUCAAUAUUUAAAUUUUGAAUAUAGCUUAUUAUACUAUUCAAAAGAGAUAAAUGCAUGUUUACCUGCUUGCAGUGGAACGAAUGGCGCUCACUGCUUAUCAGGAAAUUGCAAAUGCGCAUCUCAUUAUUGAGGCUAUAAUUGCAAUGUUUUGACAUCAAAAAUUGAGACAAAUUCAUUUUCAGAUCUUAUUGAAAUAAAUGGAAACAGCUGAGAGUUUAAAACAUUCGAUAUCGAUAUCAAAGGAUCUAACGUUCCAAUUAAUUUUUUCCUAUGAAAAGCACCAUUGGCCAUGAAUUGACCACGGAGUUGCUUUUUUGGUCCGACCAAGUAAUCUUGGCCAGACCAAAUUAAAAUUUUUAAUCAAUUUUGAUCUGACCAAGAUUACUUGGUCGGACCAAAAAGCAACCCUGUGGCCAGUUCAUGGCAAAAUAGCGCUAUUCAUGGGAAAAUAUUAUAUUUACAUGGCCUUCACAAUCAAUUUUUUCCCAGAAAAUAGAGGUUUUCAAAUGGUUUUGCUCGCUCACCGGGGGAGUAAGACUUAUUUUAGCAUCGAGAUAAAAGAAGCUCAAGGUGAUUUUCUCCUCUAUUUCAUGAGCUAUGAUAGCAAAAGUAUCUUGCCAAGCAUGUUUUCAUCUUCCAAUCAAAUUUACAUAGCAGGACUUUCUAAAGGUCUGUAUUAUAUAAACGAUGCAACAGACAGUGAUUGGAUCUUUUCUGCCUUCUGCAAUAGCACAACUCCUUGCAGCUUUAAAGUGAACAUCGAGGAUCAUUCUAUAGGCAGCUCAACCCAGAAGUCAAUAUUUUGAGCUAUUUUUACCUCGAUUGCUGCGUUUAUUGUCAUGUGCAUUAUCAUUCCAGUAACAGUUUGUGUUUGUGCACGACAUCGAAGAAAUAAUGAAGAAGAACAAGUCUAUGAAAUCACCUGUGAAGACAUGGAAAAAAUGUACCCAUCGCAGAAAUGAAAAAAAUUGCACAGAAAUCAGGAUUCCUGUGCAGUGUGCUUGGAAGAGUUCGCAAGAAAUGAUCGUGUAAGAGUUCUUAGCUGCAGACAUGUAUUUCAUGUAAAAUGCAUUGAUAUUUGAGCUGUAAGCAAAGCAAAGUGCCCUUUGUGCAAGAGAAACUUGAAAUACGGGAGCUUGUAUGAAAGCUUACAACACUUAGUAACAACUGAGAAUAGAAAUCAGGGAAAUAGGCAGGCAUCACAGAGCCAGGAAAAUGAAGAAAUGAGUAUUGUUGAUGAGGAAGAUGUGGUUUUGGAAACAGCAGUAAAUGAAGCCAAUUAA